AUGGAUACAAAUCCUACAAUGGAAUCAGUUCAUUCUCAAUCAGCUCAUUCACCACCUGAAAAAGGUGUAGGCAAAGCCAAGAGCAAGAAGCCUCCUCUAAAGAAGGCUAAGAAGCCUGUUCUGAAGAGAAAACGUAGGCUUACGUCUGAGGUAUGGAAUUAUUUUGACAUUCUUGACAAGCCUAAGAAAGAGAAUGACCCUGAUAAUGAGAAUGACCCUGAGAACCAUGAUGAUGAUGAGAAUGACCCUAAGAACUCUGAUGAUGUGAUUGUGGAUAAUGAGCCUGAAAAAUGCAAGUGUAAGAAAUGUGGUCAGGUGUAUCUUUCAGAUAGUAAAUAUGGAACUGGAAAUUUGAAGCAUCAUUUACUUGUUUGUUUAAAGAAUCAAACAAUGGAUAUUGGACAGAUGCUUAUAUCUAAAAAUGGAGCAUUGCAAGUAGGGAAAUUUAACCCUGAUAGGUUUCGUAAACUGUUGGUGCAUGCCGUAGUUAGACAUGACUUGCCACUUAGCUUUGUCGAGUAUGAGGGUGUUAGGAAUAUUUUUACCUACUUAAACCCAGAAGCCCACUCAAUUUCAAAUAGGACUGUUAUGACUGCCAUCCUUUCUCUGCAUGAGAAAGAGUAUCGAACUCCAGGUCGCAAUUUGCGUACUUUACCUGGUAGAGUUUGUUUGACGUCUGAUUUAUGGACAUCUAUUGCCACGGAUGGUUAUAUGAGUCUUACUGCCCACUUUAUUGAUGCGAAUUGGGUGUUGCACAAGAGACUUCUGAAUUUCUUGUACAUGCCUCCACCAUAUAGUGGCGUUGCAUUGAAAGAGAAGGUGUAUGAUUUGUUGGGUAAAUGGGGCAUCGAGAACAAGUUGUUCUCUUUUACUUUGGAUAAUGCUUCUGCAAAUGAUUUGCUUGUUGACUUGCUUAAGAAUCAUCUUAAUUUGAAUGGUGCACUUGUGGACGAGGGUAGUUGUUUUCGUAUCCGUUGUUGUGCUCAUAUUCUUAACUUGGUAGUUCAAGUGGGGUUGAAAGAAAUAGAUGUUGUUGUUGACAAGAUUAGGGAGUGUGUCAAAUACAUGAAAGGAUCUCAAGCAAGAAAACAAAAAUUAUUGGAGUGUGUUGCACAAUAUUCUCUAGAUUCCAAAAGAGGUUUAAGGCAGGAUGUUCCAACUAGAUGGAACUCAACAUGUCUCAUGCUCGCAAGUGCCAUUUACUAUCGGCGUGCAUUUUGUCAGUUGCAACUUAGUGACUCGAAUUUUAAGCAUUGUCCUUCUCAAGAGGAAUGGGGUAGAGCGAAAAAGAUUUGCCAGUUCUUGAAAGUUUUCUAUGAUGCUACUUGCAUUUUCUGGGGUUCGAAAUAUCCUACAUCAAAUUUGCAUUUUCCAAAGGUUUGUGCAAUUCAAUUUCUCCUAAAUAUGGAGAUGAACAGUACUGAUCCUUUCAUGAGAAGGAUGGCUAGUCAAAUGAUGGUGAAGUUUGACAAGUAUUGGUCGGAGCAUUCUAUGAUCUUGGCAAUUGUGGUUAUAUUUGAUCCUCGUUUUAAGUUUUAG